AUGACCUCCAGGCCAAUGAACGACGAUGAGGUGCUCAGCGAGAUGAACAAGAUGGUCGCGUUCAUCAAGCAAGAGGCAUUAGAGAAGGCUCGGGAGAUACGAGUCAAGGCAGAUGAAGAGUUUGCUAUCGAGAAAGCCAAGCUUGUCAAGCAAGAGCAACAAGCCAUUGAUGCUCUAUACGACAAGAAGCUCAAGGGCGUCGAUGUUUCACAGAAGAUCGCGCAGUCUACGUUGACCAACAGAUCCCGACUAAAGCUCCUUCACCGACGCGAAGAGCACCUCCAAGAUCUUUUCGACUCCGCACGUUCCCAAAUCUCUACACUUGCCAGCGAUAAAGGUCGCUAUGUUCAAUUUCUGGAAGGCAUCAUCGUACAAGGCUUCCUACAGCUGAUGGAAUCGGAAGUGACUAUUGAAUCACGGAAGAAGGACGUAGAAGAAGUCACUCAGGCGGCGGAGGCGGCUGCUGGGACUUACAGGGACCUAAGCGGGAAGGAUAUCAAGUUUAAUGUCUCAGGGGUCCUGAACGAUAACGGAGCUGGUGGUAUCAGAAUGAUAAAUGCCUCUGGCAGAAUCACAAUCGACAAUACCUUGGACGAACGGUUACGAUUACUGGAGGAUCGGAUGCUCCCUGAAAUCCGGCGGGAUCUGUUUGGAGCGAACGAGAAUCGCAAGUUCUAUACAUAA